AUGGUCGUGGAUAGUGCGGUUAUUGCAACAUGGACAAGUGUACUUGUCAGUGUAUCAUGUAUUGCUUUUUGUGCUUUCUUUGCAACAUCUGUCUGUGAUGACAUCAAUCAAUUUCUUGAUGAUUCUAUAAUUAGUUUCAAAGAAGGACAAGGAAAAACUGAUGAUGCAUGGAAUGAAGUUGUUUACUUGAAUGAUAAAAGAUUCAAAUCGGAUCUCGUCAGUAAUUCUGCCACUAUCCGUCAAAAACGUUCUGAUCUUCCAGCUCAUUGCAAUUGUCUCACACAGAAUCAAUGCCCGCCUGGACCACCUGGACCACCUGGCCCAGCUGGAAUGGAUGGAAAACCAGGAGAACCUGGAGUAGCAGGACCACAUGGAAUGUCUGGAUCUGAACUUGUGAAGAUUAUGAGAAAUGAUGACACUUGUAUCAAAUGCCCUGCAGGCGCCCCCGGACCACGUGGAGAACCAGGAGCAGUUGGAGAACCUGGACCACAAGGAAGAGAUGGAAUUCCUGGAAGAUCUGGAAAUGUGGGACGGCCAGGACCACCGGGACCAGCUGGAGACCAGGGAGCCCCUGGACCAAAAGGAUCGCCAGGAACUCACGGUAGACAAGGAAUGCCAGGAGUUCGUUAUUUACUCGGCGAGCCGGGACCAGCUGGAUUCCCAGGACCACGCGGAGCACCUGGAAAACAGGGUCCACCUGGAGUUGCUGAAGAAGGACCAGAUGGGUUGCCAGGACCAGCAGGACCACCAGGAAAACCAGGAAUGCCUGGACCAAUGGGAACACCCGGCCAACCAGGAGAAGCUGGAAUUCCAGGAGCAGAUGCUGCAUACUGCCCUUGCCCAAAGAGAGAAGCACUUGUUGAGUCAUCUGUCAUUUCACAAGAAGUACCAGAAACCGGAUAUGGUGAUGGAGGAGACAAGUCUAAAAGAGAAAAGGUCGAGGAAACACAGCAAGAACAGACAUACGAUAUCUUCAAAUUUGGACAAGUCUGA